CAUGGCGAAAAUGGAAAAUACCUUAGCUUGGAUUACCCUUGGGAUUACCCUGCCCUUUUCUUCCCUAUUCAUCCACUAAACCUGCCAACCUGCCAACCUGCCAACCCGCAAACCCGCCAACCCAUUUUAUUGUUAAUUGUUACAAGCACGUCUGAUCGCCGGUUCAAUUCAGUUUACCCUUCACAUUACGGGGACCCCCAGCCACAAACACGAACUCCUAGGUUCGGUUAUGAUUCCACAUCGUAGACCCGUUGGCUAUUUAUCAUUUGUUGUCUUAUUCUAUUAACUAGUAUUCAUUGCGCGCUUUCAGAUUCGUCCCGCUUCGUGACGCGAUGCCGGACACGUUGAUGGGGUUCUGAUCUUCAAUAUGGCCGACUCCGAAGACAGUUGCUCGAUACAGAGCGAGGAACAAUUAUGGACUGAGCUGAGUAAAGCUGUCGCUACUAAUUGCCCUGCCGAAGCCCACGAGACCAUCGAUGAUGCAUUGCGAUCGUGGCUAUAUCUCGCGUCGCGAUGCCGAGACGAAUUUUCUCAGUCCGAAGAUGACGUAGCCAAUUGCUCGCAAAUACUCCGCCAUGGAAACCUCUUCUAUAUCAACCCGGACUACGUGCGCACGCAGAUUAUCUAUAGUUUACUACAGGAAGACGAACCCGGACCCCUAUAUGUCAUCGCUAAUUUCCUCCUACUCGAUGGCCGAGCAGAUGAAGCAACGUUCAAACGGAUGAUUGAUGAGAGCUGUUUCCACCGUCUGCUCGAACUAAUCAACGGGCGAAAAGACAACGAUCCGGGCUUGCAUCGACUACUAUUAGAUUUGAUGUACGAGAUGUCGCGGAUUGAACAGCUUCGCGUCGAGGAUUUGCUCCACGUUGACGAUGGAUUUGUUACCUACCUAUUCGAGCUCAUUGAGGACUUUUCUGACGAUGCACACGAUCCGUAUCACUAUCCCAUCAUCCGUGUCCUACUUGUCCUCAACGAGCAAUACAUGGUCGCAUCCACGGCCGCGAUGAAUGACCCCACGCUGACUGCGCCGCUGACAAACAAAGUCGUUAAGUGCCUUAGCUUAUACGGUCCGAAUUAUAGGACGUUCGGCGAAAAUAUUAUACUACUUCUCAACCGCGAAACCGAGACGUCUUUACAGCUUCUUAUCUUGAAGCUCUUAUACUUACUCUUCACCACCAAAGCCACGUAUGAAUAUUUCUACACCAAUGACUUGCGGGUGCUUCUUGAUGUCAUCAUCCGCAACCUUCUGGACCUCCCAGAAGAAUUGAUGGCUUUACGACAUACGUACCUUCGUGUGAUGUACCCAUUGCUUGCGCAUACGCAACUUAACCAACCGCCCCAUUACAAAAAGGAUGAGGUGCAGAAACUACUCAGAAUACUAGCCGGAUCGGGAAAUACCCACUUCGCUCCAGCGGACGAGACAACUCUGAGGCUUGUAGACCGCGUAUCUAAAGUCAAGUGGCUUUCUGAUGAGGGCACCGGUGCUGGAGAGAUCGCGCGCAAAUUGCUCGGCAUUAGCCUCUCUCAUGCGGAAACCGCCAGCAACGUUAGCGUCGUGCAUGUGGCGGCGGUUAUGGAGAAACCGGGUGUUCAGACGCCGAGCCGGAAAGCUGAGGCCGAAGCCGUAGCUAAAGAUGAGGCAGAAGCUGAAAUAAAGACUAAAUUUGAAAAUGGAGAAGUCAAAAACGAAGUAACCCGUCCAAGCUCCAGUCGUGGGGAAGCUAGAACGAAGGAGACAUCAAAGCCAAGCAGGCCGAAGAAACCACUUCCUGAAGUGCCGAAGCACCGGCACGGAGUACCGUAUGUUUCCGUGGGACACGAGAAUAGCACUAGGAGUGUUAAGAAGGCACCACCCAAGGCGCCGCCGCCGAGACGGAGAGGAAGAAUUAAGCAUACUACAACUACGGAGACGGUGAGGUCUAUAUCAGAGCUAGUUUGAGGUUUGGGAGCUCUUUAAGAAAGAGCAAGGAUGUAAUUUGAUUAAUUAUGGGCGGGGGCACUCCCACGGUGGAGAUUGGACUCGGUGUCGUGUGGGAACGACCAGUAGAGAAUGGCAUUUUUGACAUGGGAAAUGGCGUACCGGGUAGGUAAGCCGAUACUUGAGAAUCGAUAUCCCAGAGAUAGCAUUUGCAUAGGCGAGGCGUUUAGGAAAGGGAGGACGGGGGGGGAGGCUUUACCUUCUUGGAGUCAAAUAAGGAAUAACCGAAUGACGCCUGCACCCUAUAGUCAGUAAGAAAU